AUGACGGUGGGUGUUUAUAGUACGAAAUCGAUCAUCUAUAUUCGAAAAUGGACAUUGGAUCGGCUUAUGGAUAUUGCUCUAAACGUGAUGCACACAUUCUAUGCGACGCUUUGCAUCACACCGUUUCUUCGAGCAUUGGGUAUGAAAAUUGGCCAUCGUUGUGAAGUGGCAACAGCCUUCGGAAUGGUCCAUUCGCUGGUCGAAAUUGGUGACGAAAGCUUUAUCGGUGAUUUGGUUAGUCUUGGCGCGCCUCAUAUUUUUCGUGGCCAAAUGCAUUUACGAAAGACGAUCAUCGGCAAACGCGUUUUUAUUGGCAAUUCUGCGGUGAUCAUGGAUGGCACUCAGAUACCGAAUAAAUGCUUAAUCGGGUGCAUGUCUCUUGUAGCGGAUGGAUUGAAAGAAGGACAAUCAUGUUUUGGUUCGCCUGCACGUAUUCUACCAUGUCGUGCGAAAGCGCCAGGUGGCAUUUCGGAAGAGUUGACUUAUCGUCCACGUGCGGGUCUCAUCUUUGGACGACUUUGCGUCGAUACAGUACGAAUAAUCUUGCCUCGCAUCCUCAUUGCUUUUGAAACUGGCAUUGCCGUUCAUAUUUUCAAACUGUGCAACAAGGCAAUCGAUUUCGGUCUCUCCUCUCUCACUGUACCCAUCCUGUACAUUGUUAUAUUUGCCCUACCCUCACUACUCGUUUGCAUCGGUCUCAAAUGGUUGCUGAUGGGCACAUACAAAAUCGAGCAAUAUCCCAUGUGGACCUGGUUUGUUUGGACAUCAGAAUUUGUCACAGCGAUCUACGAACAAUUGGCCGCUCCACUCGUGCUCGAAUUUCUCCGUGGGACCUUCUUUCUGGCCCCGGCCUUGCGCUGUUUCGGAGUUAAAAUCGGUCGAGGAUGUUUUAUUGACACCACUGAUAUAACCGAAUUCGAUUUGGUCCGUAUCGGUGAUUAUGCUGUGUUAAACACUAAGGUAGGUCUUCAAACCCAUCUUUUUGAAGAUCGAGUCAUGAAAGUGGCAGAAGUCUGCGUGGAAGAUGAGACGACUCUCGGAUGUGCAUCGAUCAUGCUACCAAGUACAAGAUUAGGCCGCGGAGCCAAACUGGGACCGCUGAGUUUGAUGAUCAAAGGCGAAGGCAUUCCUACUGAAACAUCGUGGCAAGGUAUACCGAUUCAGGCCGAUGGCCAUAGGUGGGGACGUAUCGAAGCGGAGGACCUAGAGAGUCCGGGCGCCCGCCCUCCUCAGACAGAAAAACAUCUGACGGUGGGUGUAGGUAAAAAGAAACAGGUGCAGCGAAAAAUUUAUUUUGCUAUGGCGGGCCCAUUCCUCAGAAAAUGGGGUCGCUGUCUCGGAAAAUUUCUGGGUAUAUGUCUGGCAGUAGCACUAAUCCGAUACAUGACUCUUGUCGAUUAUAAACAUUUUUCAUUGUCAAGAGUGAUACUUUGA